AGGAGGAAGAGUUUUACUUGAUGCGGCUGUACACUGAAAAUAAGUCAAGACAUCAUUUCACCAACUAUCAAGAUGGAGGACACAUCUCUACUCUGGCUGCUCUUUCUGACCUCACUGCUGAGCUGCCCAACAAACCAAGCCUCUCUGACUGUGAGUCCCAGCAGAUCUCAGAUGUUUAAAGAUGAAUCUGUCUCUCUGAGCUGUGAGGAGGACGACAGCUCUGCUGGAUGGACUCUGAGGAGGAACACAACCAGAGAAACCAGGACUCAGUGUGGAGAAGGCUGGGGAAGACCUGCUGGUUCUUCCUAUAACAUCAGCUUCAUGAUUCCAGGGGACAGUGGAGUGUACUGGUGUGUCCGAGAGGGAGCAACCAGUAACAUCAUCAGCAUCACUGUCACUGGUGGACCAGUGAUCCUGCAGAGUCCUGUCCUCCCUGUGAUGGAGGGAGAAGACCUCACUCUGACCUGUAAAACAAAGACGUCCUCCAACCUCCCAGCUAGUUUCUAUAAAGAUGGCUCCUUCAUCAGGAAUGAGCCUGCAGGUCACAUGACCAUCCACCAUGUUUCCAGGUCUGAUGAAGGCCUCUACAAGUGUCUCAUCAGAACUGUUGGAGAGUCUCCACCCAGCUGGGUCUCUGUCACAGAGAAACCCACGACUACAAGUCCUCCUACAACCUCCACAACCUCUGAGAAACCCACGACUACAAGUCCUCAUACAAGUCCUCCUACAACCUCCACUACAUCCUCCAAAACCUCUGGCUUCAACAAUUCUUCCCUUCCCUCAGGCUCCUCUCCUCCUCCCCCAGGCCCCUUUCCUCUUCCCCUUGUGUUGGGGUCUGCUGUUCCAGUCGGUGUCCUGGUUCUCCUGGUUCUCCUGGUUCUCCUUGUGAGACGAUACAUCCGUAGGAAACCUAAAGCUGCUGAAGUAGAAACUGGAGAUGUUGACGUCACAUACAGUGAUGUCACAAUAUUGCGUAACCUGAAACAGCCAAACAGACAGAGCAGAGAGAGUGAUCCUGCUGUGAGAACAGAAGACGUCUGUUACGGAGAAAUAGUGAUCAAAGAUAAGAAAUCAAACAGGAAGAAAGAGCCUCCAGCAGACCCAGAGGUCCUCUACGCCUCAGUGAGGAAGACCUGAACACCAUCACACCAGUCCAACCAGUGGAGUCCAGACGGCCAAUCGCUGGUCCCCAGAGACCAUCACACCAGUCCAACCAGUGGAGUCCAGACGGCCAAUCACUGGUCCCCAGAGACCCUCACAUCUACAUCUACAUAGCCCUGGUGUAUUUGUCGGAGAUUUUAAACCUUUGCAAGCACAAAAAGGUCAGUCCAGUCAUCCAAUCAACUGGCUUUAGAAGUCCCAAGGUCGAGGUACAAACUGUGCGGUCAGCCCUAUAUUCCCACAUUUCUAAGAUUUUUCUUAAAAUUAAGGUUAGGGUUAUGUUUGCAAUAAACAAAGAGAUGGGCGCACCAGAUUUAGCUAAAAGCUACAUUCCAUCUGUAGUCCAUUGCUACUGGAUAAUAGGUUGGGUGUAAUUGGCUACCAAAUUGGGAGAAAGGAGGAUACAAUCUGAUACGUAUUUAUAAAAAAGGAAAUGUGGGUAAUUUUGGAAAAAAAUCUUAGAAAUGUGGGAACUGUGGAAACAUAGGGCCUAAUUUUGAAAAAAAAAAAACUUAAAAAUGUGGGAACAUAGACCUGUGGGACCAUUGGACUGUGGGAACAUAGGCAUGCUCCCCAAACUGUGGGGGGGUCACUCUUUUGCAGUUGCUGCCCCGAGAUUUUGGAACAAGUUACCACCUGGCAUUCACACCAUUACAGACCCCCUAACUCUCUUUUGAAAUCCAAACUUAAAACUUCUUUAUUUAGAAUGGCUUUUAAUGCACAGUAGUGUUGCAGCAUUUUCCCUUUCUGUCUCCUGUUUAUAUGCAACAGUUUUAGAUUUGACUGUAUUUUAUGUUUUACUCUUUUUUAUUGUAUGGUACAUUUUUUUAUUCUUGGUCCUUCAAGCACAUUGGAUACCUGUUGGUUGCUGUGAAGCACUUUAUGAAUAAAUGUUGAUUGAUGUUAAUGCAGCUACAAAGAGACAAACAACUCACAUUUUAAGCAUGUUUGCAUUCUUUAGAUGUGUUUCGAUGUGUUCAAAAAAAUGCUUCUUAUGUAAGUCAUACAUGUGUUCCUCUCUAAGUGUUUCAUACAUUGCACAACAACCAGCAAAUAUCUACUGAACAGAGUUUAAUGAUAAUAACUAUUUACUGAUAUUUAUAUUGUAUUUUUGAGCUUGUUUCUGUGCAGGAUCAAUAAACUCUGGUGUCAGCGGUU